CGCCGCCGUUUGCCAUCCCCAGCGUGUGCGCAGCUACAUUAACCCUUAUACGAUGUCGGGGGUUCAGAAUGAACAGCAUCUCCAGAUGCAAUUUGAAAAGGUGCCUGAUGAUGUCCUGUACCUUAUACUGAGUUACCUCGAUCUGAAAACGCAGCUUAAGGCGAUACGAGUGCAUUCGCGGUUUCUAUAUCUAAUGCCUCAUGUUUGGCGUCUUUACUGCAAGAAUAUGGUGAUAGUAGAGCCAAUCCUUCUGGAAGAUUUGAGUCUAUUAUUAAAAAAUACUUGGAAUACGAUGACCCACUUGCGGUUCCGAACAGACGAUCGAGAACACUUCGAGGAGCUCACAAACUAUGUGUAUCCAAACGUCGAGGACUUCCGGUUCGCCACACUAUCUUUUCGUUUGGAGGACUCGGAUAUGAUAAAAAUAGUCGAUUCGUUUCCCAAUAUCCGGACUUUCAGCCCCCAAGGAAAUUUUACUGGAGCUUACAUGACUGGUUUCCAACACCUGGAACACCUAACUUUAUCGUACUGUUCUAAAGUCUGUGCCUUAAAACUAAGCAGCAUUUUAUCUACUUUGCUCCCAAAGAGUCUCAAACUGGACAUAUUUGACCACAAGCAGAUCCAACGAUAUAGUAUGCCUCUGGUAGCCAUAGCCAAUCUGGAGGUACUGCACUGCGAUAGCUCUGAAUUGACUGGGUGGUUCCUCAAUAAACUAGACAAAAUGUUUAAAAUUAAAACUCUCAAAAUAAGUAACAGAAUGGGUGAUUUUUUAGUCAGACAAAUCCUUUUUGAGCUAUCACAAACUCGGAGUAAGGUCAAAAGCCUCGAGCUAGCAUUGCCUGAUCUAGCCGCAUUAACUUUGCCUCUUUACGUUGAGAUGCAAUUUGAGACUGUUGUUAUUAUAAGUGAAAAUCUCGACAGGAUCGGAUUUAAUCAUAUAGAAAUACCAAACAUUAAGAGACUUUAUUUAAUAAGCUCGAGGAUAACACAAGAAGAUGACUUUGGACACUUUAUAAAGGCAUUAAAAGCAGCAGAAUUUGUAUGCUUGAAGGAUUGCCAGUUUGGCUUUAUGAAAUACACAUUUUCAGGAAAGGAUAUUGCCCAGAAUCGCAGUACCAAACUUAACCUUUGUAUAAUUAAAAACAGUUUUCCUGUUAAUUCGAAUUGUGAGGUUUUCUCCACUGCCACUAAGUGGAAGGUGGUCGAUGAAGAUGCACUUUUUGAGUUACACCAUGAACUCCCAAAGGAAAUGAAAUACGAAUUCAGCUUUGAGCCUUUCCUCAUUCAAUUUGAAUGAAAAUCAAUGAUACUUACGCUUGUAAACUUGAGAUCGCAUUAAACGAAACACGCACCCAUUGUCUCUUG